UUGGCUGAGGACGGAUUCCCUUUGAUAAGGUCCUGGAAAGUUUAUAAAUCCCUGGCACGGCGGCGGGCAGAAGAUCGCGGGUGUUAAUUGCCCGAGUGGCGGCCCGUGUUUUUGGAAGCCUGUUCCCCAUUUGCCGGCUGCCCGCGCCCGUGGCUCUGGUCUGCCGGGACCCUGCCUGCUUCUUUGGUCGCUAUCUCUCUUGCUGGAUUCGAUGAUCGGCUGAUCUCUUUGAAGUUCACACUUAAACCGCAGCUCCAGAUUUCUGCAUGUGUGUUGGAAUAGCCGGGGGGGCAUUUGGAGCGCGGAGUCACGGAGUUAAAGGUAAAGCAGGAACCGAAAAGAAGGGAUUCAAGGGGAACGAGAGAGAACACGCUUUACGUGAAUAAACCAAAUGAAUUCUGCCAACGAAAAUACCCACCGCGAUUUGCUUUACACGCAUUCGCUGUAAAAUAAAUUAUUGGGGUUCUGUCUAACGAAAAAGAGGAAGGAAUCGUCUGUUUGGGAGGCGAAGGAAUGGAUUUAUGACGGAAGACGGUCCUGUCAUCCCCCGCUGAGUGAACGCUUUGCAGAGAGAGAGACACACACACACACACAGAGACAGAGGCUGUGUAGUCUCGGCUCCCGAGCUAUGAACGUCGCUGCCCUCGUGCCCGCCUUCAGAGCAGAUGCUCCCAGGCCGCCGGUGCCGGGGGAGGAAGGAGAGAGAUGCCAACCGCGCACCCCCGGCAAGGGUCACGGUCUAAAGGAGCCGGCGGUCAACCCGGCCCCCAGGAGGGAGGACGACGAGCUGGGGGAGCCCGAGGGCAGCGCUUCCCCCGACUCUCCGCUCAGCCGCUGGACCAAGUCUCUGCACUCGCUGCUGGGCGACCAGGACGGAGCGCAACUCUUCCGCGCCUUCCUGGAGAGGGAAGAACGCGUGGACACGCUGGAUUUCUGGUUCGCCUGCAAAGGUUACAGACAGAUGGAUGUGGCCGACCCCAAGACCCUGAAACUUGCCAAGGUCAUCCACAAGCGAUACGUGGAGAAUAGCGCCGUAUCCAGGCAGCUCAAGGCGGCCACCAAGUUCUACAUCACGGAGGCUAUCAGGAAACAGCAGAUCGACUCCUCGAUGUUUGACCAGGCGCAGAACGAGAUUCAGACCCUGAUGGAAGAAACCUGCUACCAGAUGUUCCUGACUUCGGACAUCUACCUUCAGUAUGUCAGGACCGGCGGGGAGAACCCUCUGUUUGUCGGGAACUCCGAACUGUCCCGCAUACAAGUGGUCUGUGGUUACUUGCCGACGCUGAAUGAGGAGGAGGAGUGGAUUUGCCCCGAGUCCCAGGACAAGAACACCCCGUCGGGAGGGGGGCUGAGCGACCGGGGGUCGCGGGCCGUCAACACGGGGCGACCAGCCGAUGGCAAAUGUUUCAGAUCAUAUGGGAGGAAUGGAUAUGCCAAUCCCUAUCACAUUCAGUCUGGCUACGUCUUCGCUCCUGCGAGCAGCGCAAAUGACAGUGAUGUCAUGACAGAUGACUCCAUGUCGAUGACAGACAGCAGCAGCACAGAUGGGAUCCCUCCUUAUCAGCAGAAGAAGCAGCAGCAAAGGGAAAUGCAUCGCAGCGCCAAGGCCAACGGUCAAGUCUCACUACCUCACUUUCCUAGAACACACCGCCUUCCGAAGGAGAUGACUCCCGUGGAGCCGGCCGCCUUUGCUGCCCAGCUUAUCGCCCGACUGGAAAAACUGAAGAGGGAGCGGGACACCAUCGACAGCCUAGAGGAGAGGCUGCAGCAGAUCAAAGAGGAUGAAGGGGAGGAUGGUGAGGCCCCUGCCACCAAAGAGCAGCUAGAGACGGACAGAGACGCUGUGACCCAGCACCAGCCACACCCGCUGACCCUGCUGCCCCCCGGCACCUGCGACGACGACCCGCAGGCCAUCCUGGACGACCACCUCUCGCGGGUGCUGAAGACCCCUGGCUGCCAGUCGCCGGGGCUGGGGAGGCACUCUCCGCCCUCAGCCGAGUGUCAGCGAGGGAUGAAGUCCCAGCCGGGGCCCGGACCCCAGCUCCUGUCCCCCGGACUCUCCCGCAAAGGAUACCUCUCCAAGCAGGGCUCCAAGUACAUCCACCACCACUAUAUCCACCACCACACCGUCCCCAAGACCAAGGAGCAGAUCGAGGCCGAGGCCACCCAGCGAGUCCAGUGCCUCUGCCCGAGCAGGGCUGAAUGCUGCUCCUAUGCAAAGUCCCGCAGCCACUGCAGGGCGGAGCUGACUUCACUGCCGGUAGAACAGAGUGUCUUUGGCAGGUGCUCGGUGCCCCGGAGGAGCCUACAAGCGCCGGACUGUACCGGCCCGGCUGUCAGUGAGGGAACGCUGCCCCUCUCCGCGGCACUGCUGCCCGGGGAGGAGACGGACCGGGCACAAAGUGUGUGGCAAUGGAUGCUGGAGAGCGAUCGGCCUGCCAGCAAGCACCGGACCCACAGCGUCCAGUGCAUGAAGAGAGGGAUCGUCUCCGACGGCUUGAGGGGCUGCGCGGGAGAGCGAAGCAGCCGGCCACACUUGGGCGCCACCCACCCACGGGCCAGUGCCCAGCCCUCGCACCCCUUCGUACAAGACCCAGCCAUGCCCCCUCUCCCCCCGCCCAACACCCUGGCACAGCUGGAGGAAGCACGGCGCCGGCUAGAAGAGGAGAAGAAAGUUUCCAAAACUCAGAAGCAGAGAUACUCAACAUCAAGUUUGCAGCGAGACAGAAAUCACUUGUCCCCGGCACCAGGAGGGAGCCUGUCCCAGUCGAACCCUGGCUUGACUUUUUCCACAGAAGAACACAAGGCACUGAAAAAGCAGGCAGCCGCAGUUCACAGUACACAGCCGGGUGAGCUGGUGGUCACCUACUUCUUCUGCGGAGAGGACAUCCCCUACCGCAGGAUGAUGAAGGGACACAGCCUGACUUUGGCCCACUUCAAGGAACAGCUGAGCAAGAAAGGAAAUUACAGGUACUACUUCAAACGGGCCAGCAACGAGUUUGACUGUGGAGCCGUUUUUGAAGAGGUUCGGAGCGACGACAGCCCGCUGCCCAUGUAUGAGGGAAAGAUCUUGGGCAAAGUGGAGCGAAUCGACUGAUCCAUCAAAAAGGACAUUUUCAGAACAGGGUCCUGGCAUUUGGUGGGACAGUUUGAAAACAACAGAAGGAAAUCAGCUGCAUUAUAAAGGAACCCAGGCUCAACACAUCGGCAUUGUUUGCUUUGCAUCGGACAUAAAGGUCAAGAAACUGUUUAUUUAAAAAGGAAGUGGGUUAUGUGACCACUUUAGGGUUUAUUGGUUGAGCACAGGUGUAACUGUGGCUUCCUGGGUUGCUGUAGGGGUGAAGAGACUGUCCAGAUCUAGGCAACAUGUCCUGAGAUUCUAAGUCUGCUUCUGUGCAUUUGGGUUUGAAUGGGCUGCUACUGCAUUGAUAUGACUCCUUCUACCUGCUACCUAUCACCCAGUGCUCAACCACCUCCUGCCUGCCCUUCCCAGUGCCCACCUGUCACCCAGUGCUCACUCACCUCGCUGCCUGCCCUUCCCAGUGCCCACCUGUCACCCAGUGCUCACUCACCUCGCUGCCUGCCCUUCCCAGUGCUCACCCACCUCGCUGCCUACCCUUCCCAGUGCCCACCUGUCACCCAGUGCCCUUUCCACUGCCACCUGUCACCCAGUGCUCACUCACCUCGCUGCCUGCCCUUCCCAGUGCCCACCCAUCACCCAGUGCUCACCCACCUCGCUGCCUACCCUUCCCAGUGCCCAUCCAUCACCCAGUGCUCAACCACCUCCUGCCUGCCCUACCCCCUGUGACCCCCUGAAAGCCCCUACAAUAACACUCACAUAGUGAUGAGAAGCCCCUCUCUGUCCAAUUGAGUGAAAUUGUGAAACAAGCUGAUUGUCAUUAUUCUUGUCGUUUUACUGAAACCAGCCACCACAUCUUAAUAACCCUGUGCUGCUGCUUACACCAGAACCAUGAGCACGUCUUAAUGUUCUGGCAGAAAUGACAACCAGGCUUCCGUGUGAUGUUAAUGGUGUCGAGUGCCUUUCAGACCGGGGAAUGUCCACGGGGAUCCAUCCAACAAGCCCAUCACUUGCUUCAGAUUGGUGACAAUAUCCCAGCACAAGACAGUUCCGGCAACAGCCCGAGUGCAGUGUAGUACGAGCAAGUGUUUUAUAGUGCAGACAGCUCUCCGACCCCCUCAUCUGUGGAAGGUUCUGUGCAGCCCCUGUGCUCAUUCACACUCUGUCCGCGCUGCAGGAACCUCACAGGAAGAAAGUGUCCCGACCUGGCCCCAUCACACGUAGCAGCAGAAGCACAGAAUGUUGCUGACUUGUCAAUCUGGAUCGUUACUGUCUGACACCAAUAUCAUUAACCAAAUCCAUUGAGGGUAUCCAGCCACAGCCGCCCAAAGCCCUGCUGCUCACUGUUACCGCACAAAGCAAUCCUCACUUCAGUUUCCAACGAGGAGCAGAGGGUUGAAAAUGCGGCUAGUUUGUUCAUACCCUGAAAACUUGCAAGCGAUAUCAAACCCUUCUUGUAAGUGGAAGCUGCUCAAAAACCUGCUGAUAGAACCUUGCACUUUCAGAUGCCGACCGGCUAGCUGUACAUUUCCACACGUUGUGACAUUCCUGAACACUCUGUCUCUUUAUUUUUCAUUAUCUCUCCACCUACGUAUGUGCCUUUCUCUGCCUCCCUCGGUCUCUAUUUUUCACUCUCUCACUCUCUCUAUAUCUAUCGCCUUCUCUCUCUCUCUCUGGCCACUUGGUUUUUUGGAUUCUAGAUUCUCUGCUAAACUGACCAAAUUGGACUUUGCACGUAACUUGUGAGUUCUGCAAAGACUCUUCCUGUCGGAAUCUCAAACUCACUUCAGCUAUGACUUCUCUUUCAAAACCGAAAUUAUUUAAUUGUUCUGGGGAUGUUAAACUCUUAAAGAGAUGUUAAGUUAAGCCCCAUGGCCAACAGCAAAAGGAAUGGUCUCCUGUAGGAAUGUUGGGACUCCAAUCUGUAGACGUUUAGCUCUUGUAUUCAUGUUCUCUGUGCUGUUUAACUUGAGUUAAAACACUUCCAUGAAAUUAGCACAGAGGAAACCCCCCCCCCCCGAACAGCACACCAAGAGACCAGACCGAACUCAGCUAAUCCAACACAUUCUGAACCAUCAGCCUGACUCUUUGCUGUGUCUGCCAGCAUCCUCCCCGCUAGGCGUAACUUGUACAAAUACCUGUGUAAAUAUUGUGCGAGUUUUACACACUAUUAUAGUGUUACUUGUUUAUCCAGUACAGUAACUGUGCCUGCAUAGUAUUAUUGAUACUGUGUGUCACCCUGUGUGAGGGUCACCUCUCCCUUUGUUAAUAAGGGUUUAUGUAUAAAGAUAUUUUUAUGCUUUUGAGUGUUGUAAUCAUGUUUUAUGGCAUUUUGUUUUACUUUCUGUGUAAAUUAUGCAUUACAAAAGAGUUUGAUUUAAGAAUCCUUGGUACAAUAAUUAUGUAAUUAUUCAGAGA